CGGAGCUUUUGUCGUCUCCCCCUCCGGGCUGUCAGCGGGAGUUGGAUGUCGAGUCGGGAGCAGGCUGUGAGCUAUUUCCUGGCGCUGUCCCCCACACACGGAGAGUCGGUGCUGUCGCAGUACCAGAGCCUCCGCAAUGACAAGCUGCUGUGCGACAUCGUGCUGGUGGCCGAAGGCAGCGAGUUCAUGGCGCACAGGUCGCUGCUGGCGUGCGCCAGCGACUACUUCAGGUCCAUGUUCAAGGAGUACACCCGCGAGUCCAAGGCCGGGGUGGUGCACCUGCAAGCGGUGUCGGCCAGCGGCCUGCGCCACGUCCUCGACUUCAUCUACAACUCGUGCCUGGCGCUGUCCGCCGACAGCCUGCCGCAGACCCUGGAGACGGCCCGCUACCUGCAGGUGCCCGAGGCGGUGCAGCUCUGCUCCCGCUACCUGGUCAGCAGCCUGAGCCCCGGCGGCUGCUGCCAGGCGGCGAACGUGGCGGCCCGCUUCGCCCUGGCCGACGCGCAGAGGGAGGCCGAGCUCUACAUCGCCUCGCAGCUGCGGCGGCUGCUGGCGGCGGGCGCCGAGCGCAGCGGCCUGCUGGAGCUGAACGCCGAGUCCCUGCGGGCGGUGCUGGAGUGCGAGCGGCUGGCCGGCCUCCGGGAGAGCCAGCUGCUGGAGCUGCUGCUGGCCUGGCUGGACUGGGAGGAGCCGAGGUGGCAGGCCCAGGCCCAGCGCCUGCUGCCCGCCCUCCGUUACUGCCUGCUGCCCCCCGGCACGCUCAGCCUCCUGCAGGCCGAGCCGCGGCUCGACCCCGCCGUCCGGCUCCUCGUCUCCGGCGCCUUGGACUACCACCGGGACGAGGCGGCGCAGCCGGCCCGCCAGAACCGCCAGAGCACGCUGAGGGGCCGGGAGAGGCACCUGCUGGCGGUCGGCGGCUUGGUGCUGCCCGAGCCCGCCGGGGAGAGCCCGGAGCCCGGGCCGGCAGCUGUCGACCGCCUCUGGGCCCUGAAGCCCAGCACCGGCGAGUGGAGGGAGUUAGGCCGCUGCCCCAGGCUCCAGCACCAUUGCGUGUGCGUCCUGGCCGACUUCCUGUUCGUGCUGGGCGGCGAGGAGCUGGGCGCCGGCGGAGAGGCCAAACGCUCCGGCGUCAGGCGGCAGGUCGAGCGUUACGACCCGCGCUUCGACCGCUGGAGCCCGGUGAGCGCCAUGGAGAGCCCCCGGGCGCAGUUCGCUUGCUGCGUGCUGGAAGGCCGCAUCCUGGCGCUGGGGGGCCGGGGGGCCGCCUGGCCCUCGUCGUCCCCCGAGGCCUCGCUCUCCUCGGCCGAGAUGUACGACCCGAGCAGCGGCGUGUGGCAGGCCUUGCCCCCGCUGCCGGUGCCGGUGCACGGCCACGCGUGUGCGGUGCACGAAGGCCGCGCCGUGUACGUGUCCGGGGGCCGCCAGGGAGGCCAGGCGGAGAGCAGCCCGGACAUGUUCUCAUACCAGGCCGGCGGAGAGGUGUGGGCAAGCUGCCCGCCCAUGAGCAUCGCCCGCUUCGGCCAUCAGAUGGCGGCGGUCGGGCAGCGCCUCUACUCGUUCGUCGGCACCUACGAGCCCUUCUGCGACAUCGAGUGCUACGAGCCCCGGCGCCGCCACUGGCGCCGCCUCAGGCCCCUGCUCGGCUUCGACCGCUCCUGCUAUGGCCUGGCCGUCCUCGGCGCCCGCGUCUACCUGGUCGGCGGCAAGAGGUGGCACGACUCGCGGGAGGUCGCGGCCUCCGAGGCGGUGCUGUACGACACCCGCACCGACAGCUGGAGUGAGGCCGGCAAGCUGCCGCUGCCCCUGUGCGGCACUCAGUGCGCCAUGCUGCAGCUCCUCGACCUGCCCCCCGGCCAGGGCAGCGACCUGGGCCUGCACUCUUUGUAA